GCCGGCCGCCGGCGGGUAGUAAAGGCUCCGCCGCGCGCGCGGCGUUGCGCGAGCGGCACCGGUACCGGCACCGGCCGCAGGGUCCCCCCUCCCCUCCCCUCCCCGUCCCGCUCGCCCCCGCCAGCCCCUCCCGCUCCCGCCGCCGCCAUGGUGGCCACCGAGGGGCUGCGGGAGAUGGAGGGCAGCGCGCUGCGGCGGCUGGUGUGCCGCGACGAGGCCGGGGCCGCCGGCGGGUCCGGGUCCGGCGGCGGGGGCGCCGGUCGGUGCCUGGUGCUGGACUGCCGCCCCUUCCUGGCCCACAGCGCCGGCCACAUCCGCGGGGCGCUCAACGUCCGCUGCAACACGAUCGUGCGGCGGCGGGCCAAGGGCUCCGUCAGCCUGGAGCAGAUCCUGCCGGCGGAGGGCGAGGUGCGGGCCCGGCUGCGGGCGGGGCUCUACGCCGCCGUCGUGGUGUACGACGAGCGCAGCCCGCGCGCGGAGGCCCUGCGCGAGGACAGCACCGUGGCGCUGGUGGUGCGCGCGCUCCGCCGCGACACGGCGCGCGCCGACAUCCGCCUCCUCGCAGGGGGUUAUGAGCGCUUCUCCUCAGAGUACCCUGAAUUCUGUGCAAAAACCAAGUCCCUGAGCAGUGUGUCACCCCCCACCAGCGCUGAGCCCCUGGAUUUGGGCUGCAGUUCCUGUGGGACCCCCCUUCAUGACCAGGGUGGCCCUGUGGAAAUCCUUCCCUUCCUCUACCUUGGCAGUGCCUACCAUGCCGCCCGGCGGGACAUGCUUGAUGCACUGGGCAUCACAGCCCUGUUGAACGUCUCCUCAGACUGCCCCAACCACUUUGAGGGGCACUACCAGUACAAGUGUAUCCCUGUGGAGGAUAAUCACAAAGCCGACAUCAGCUCCUGGUUCAUGGAGGCAAUUGAGUACAUUGACUCGGUGAAGGAGUGUUGUGGCCGGGUGCUAGUCCACUGCCAGGCUGGUAUCUCCCGCUCUGCUACCAUCUGCUUGGCUUACCUGAUGAUGAAGAAGCGUGUCAAGCUGGAGGAGGCCUUUGAGUUCGUCAAGCAGCGCCGGAGCAUAAUCUCCCCUAACUUCAGCUUCAUGGGGCAGCUGCUGCAGUUUGAGUCACAGGUGUUGGCCACCUCAUGUGCAGUGGAAGCUGUCAGCCCCUCAGGGACACUGCGGGAGCGGGGCAAGGCCACCUCCACCCCCACCUCCCAGUUUGUCUUCAGCUUCCCAGUCUCUGUCGGGGUCCACGCCACCCCCAGCAGCCUCCCAUACCUGCACAGCCCCAUCACCAUGUCACCCAGCUGUUAGCUCAUGGGCUGAGGCCAGCCAAGCAGGUAGUGCCAGGUGUGGAGGGGGCAGGUGGGCAUGAAGCCCCAUGAUGUUAAGCAAUAGUGCCGGACACUGCCAUUCACCCUGGACUCAAUGUCUUUUUCGUAGAGAAAUUUCUUACCUCAUCUUGGGUUUUUUUGCUUCCUAUGUUUUGAAAGCACGAAAGUUGUAAAAGCCACAAACCCUGACAUUGUCCAGGCUCUCUGGGGAAGGAAAAAAAAUGGUAUACUGGGUUUCCUCAAGUGCCUGGUCUUCAUCUCUUUCCAUCCCUAUUUUAUUGUCUUUUUUUCUAAAAAAAAAAAAAAGACCCAACAUGUCCUCUUCUCCCCGUAUUUCUGGCCCUAGCUCAUCUGGGUUGAAAAGGGAGCAUGCCCUCUUUUUAUUGUGCAGCAGUCUUCCCCUCCCUUGCACAGAGGCAUGGGUGCGUGUGGUGGGUGCUGCUUACCUGAGCCAGUUACACUGGGUGACAAGCAGAGCUGCAGGCAGGGCCCUGGGGCAAGCAGGAAGGGUGGCACAGGGCUGCCUGCAGUCAGCCUCACCCCUGCCAGUGCCUGGGGAGGCGAUGCAGGAGCUGGCAGGCUCCUGCUGAGGCACCAGCUGAGCCCAUUCCUCUGGGGCAGAGCAAUCUCUCUGGGAGGCAGUUUGGAGGGGGAAGAUGCAGUCCUAAAUGCCUCUUUUUCUUGCCUCUGUGGAUCUCUGGUUCCUGUGAAACUUAGGUCCAAGCUCCUCUGGCUUAAAGAAGAGGAAGGGUUAGGGGCAGCAGUCUGCGCUGCUUUUGAUUUCGCUGUUUAGUUUCCUCUGCACCCAUCCCACUGCUGCUCUUCCAGAAGGAGCAGUAUGGGGGCAUGGUUGGGCUGUAACAGAAGAGAGAAGCAGCCACGUGGAGGAGAGAGGCUGGCCCAGAGGUGUCAUCCCUCCAGCAUUUUCAAGCUUCUUCCACCUCAUGACCAACCCUUCUCCACCUGAGCUGGGUCUCUUACCUGUACAACACUGCUACAGGUUUUGGUCUGAGCCUAGAAAAUGCCUCAUCUUCAACCCACCUGGAGCAUUAUUUCCCUCCCUAUGUCUCUCCUUCCCCCCACUCCAACCCAACACACAAGAUGCCUAUGUGGCUGAUGUACAUAUGUAUGGUUUUGUUUGUUGUUUUUUUUUUUUUUUUUAGAAAUUAACUUUUUAUUUAUUGCCUGAGGGAGAAAAAUUGUUUGGAGAAAAUAAAAAUAAAACUUUUCAACAGUU